CGUUUAAAGGCGGCGGCUGAAUGACAGCGGCUGCUCCCCGCGCCCGCCCCGGCGGAGGACCGAGUGCUUGCCGCCCGCUGUUUCUCCCGGCCAUGGACGGCAGAGAGGAUGCCGAGUGCGGCUGCGAGGAGGCGUUCGCAGAGGCGCGGAGAUGGGUGGAGACAGUUACUGGGAAAAGCUUUGGAACGAAAGACUUCCGAGCAGCUCUAGAAAAUGGAGUCCUGUUGUGCGAUUUGAUUAACAAGAUCAAACCUGGCAUUGUUAAGAAGAUCAAUCGUCUGUCAACUCCAAUAGCUGGCUUGGAUAACAUAAAUGUUUUUCUGAAAGCUUGUGAAAAUAUUGGAUUGAAAGAAGCUCAACUUUUUCAUCCAGGAGACCUUCAGGAUUUGUCCAAUCGAGUUACAGUCAAACCAGAGGAGACCAACAGAAGAGUGAAAAACGUUUUGAUUACAUUAUAUUGGCUGGGGAGAAAAGCACAAAGUAACCCUCACUAUAAUGGUCCAUAUCUCAAUCUUAAAGCAUUUGAGAAGUUAUUAGGGCAAGCACUGACUAAGGCACUUGAAGAGUCCAGCCACCUAAACAGAAGUGGCAGGGAUAGUGGGUACGGUGAUAUUUGGUACGUGGACCGAGGAGAGCCCUUUCCAUCUUCAGCAAGCCACAAAAGAGACGAUUCCUUCGAUAGCUUGGACUCUCUUGGCUCAAGAUCCUCCACAAGCUUUUCAUCAGACAUAACCUUGAAAGGUGGCAGUGAAGGUUGUGAUAGUGACACAGACUCAGAACUGCCUUUCAAGAUGCGUGACUCUCAUAAAGAUGACAGGUCCUAUCGAAGGAUUUCUGUAAUUGAACCAAAACCUGCUACUGACUUCAAUCGCUUCUUACCCACCAAAAACAAGCAGCCAACGUAUAUGCCAGCACCCCUAAGGAAGAAAAGAACAGAGAAGAAUGAGGACAACAGGAGGAGUUGGGCAAGCCCUGUCUACACAGAGUCAGAUGGAACAUUUUCAAGUGGACGUGAAAGGAAUCCCGUAGCUUCCUGCCAAAAUAGCAGAGCAGAAUGUGGGCUUACAAAUCCAGCUUCCCUCCAGAUGAUCUAUGAGUAUGACAGUGGCUCUGAUUCAGAAGAUGAAAGAAGGAUGCCCGACGUGGUUAUGGAUGACUUAGCAAAACGUAGAUUUCUAGUCCAAAAGAGCCCUGUAAGCUCUGCUGCACCUGGACAUCAUUUCGUGUUGCGCAGUGACUCUCCUAAAUCUUGCUCACAAGAAAAUUAUUCGGCUGGUCCACUAGCUGCAAUGCUUGAACCACUGAGUAACCAGAGGAGACAGAGGCAGUUGGAUACUAAAGAGGAAAACAAACAAGGAGUUAACAUUUCUCCAGAAUUAUCUGGGUAUUUUGAUGAGGACGAGGAAGAAGAAAUAGUCAUGCCAAACAUUGAAAAAGAUGAUCUCUAUUUUCGCAAGCUAAGUUCUUCAGCAUCAAAUACAGUGGUUCCUUUUGACAAAUUUCUUCCUAAGUUUUGGACUCCAGAAGAAGAAUUGCUAUGGAAAAAAAUCAGGAAAUCCUCUUUCAAACCCUGGUAUAAAGAGAUUCAAGGGUUCAGUAGAAAGAAAUCAGACUCUGAGGAUAUGGAUUUUGCGUACAAACAAAACUCUGCCAUUGUUGCUAACCAGCCAAGACCAAGUUUUGAAUGGAAUAGCAGUUGUAGAAGGGAUCAAAACUAUAAGCCAACUGCUGAAUAUAUGGGAAGCUCAUUGUCACAGAUUACAGAAGGAAAAAUCUUGGAAUCUUCUGACCAGCCCAGUCAGUUUUUGUUACUUCAGGCCCUGCAAAAAUACUCUGACUACUUGUCUUCUGAAACGAAGACCAAAAUCGAUCCUACUUCUGGCCCUAGGCUCAUAAAAUGUAGAAAGAAUAUUUCCUUUAUACCAGGAUGUGAUGAAGGAGACACUGAAAAUGGAUAUCCGUACCCAGAUCUAGAAAACGAUGACUUGUUUGUUCGCAAAACUGGGGCUUUCCAUAUCAAUCACGUUGUUCUCCAGGACCCCCAGUAUUUCAAAAAAUUCUCUGAGCAGGAGCCUCCUCUAGAGGGUGAAAUAAUUCUGCAACCUAGGGAAGGCCAACCUGUGAUUCCAGAUUUGGAAAAAGAUGACAUGAUAUUUCGUAAAAUCCUCUCUCAGAAAAAAGAGGUGCCUUUAUCAGGUGCUCCAGACAAGUACCACCCUGCACUCUUUCCUGAUCCUUGGAGUCUUCCAGAGGAAAUCCGGUCCAAAUUUCUAUGUUUACUUGAAAAAAACGCAACGCCUGAGGAAAGAAAAAGCAGUGGUAGAGUGCUGUCACCGUCUUCCCGACACAAGAGGGACGAUAUGCUGACACGCAAGAUUGAGUCUUGGAAAGUGGGAAGCAGCAUGCAGCCAGUAAAUUUUAUCCCAGGUCCAUGCAGUGAAGAAGACUGGAAGAAGUGGGAAGCAAUCAGGGAGGCCAGCAAAGUUAGACACAAGAAACGUCAGAUGGUGGAGAGACUGUUUCAAAAGCUUUCUGAUGAGCAAGGGAGUAAAUCUUUGAAUGAUGUCAGUGCAGAGGAGCAGCAGUCAUUGCGCAAAAUUCGUUAUGAAGAACUGCAAAAGAUAAAAGAACAGCUGCAAGAACAAGACCUGAAGUGGCAAGAAGAUCUAGCAAAAUGGAAGAAUCGUAGAAAGAGCUUCACUUCAGAAUUGCAAAAGAAAAAGGAAGAAAGAGAAGAAAUAGAAAGGAGAGCCUCUGAGGUUUCUGAUAGGAGUAGCAAGCCUCUGAAAGAAAUGCAGCAGGAAAGGGAACAAAAAUAUGACAGGAGAUGGGCAUAUUCACUGACUGAUGAUGUGUUUACUGAAGAAGCACCUACCACACGAUCAUCAGCAGCAAAAGAUUACCUGUUUGAAGAAGAAACCUCUUACAGCACUAAGGACAGCAAAAGCCAGUAUGCCGCUCAGAGGAGCAAGGAAAAUCUACCAAAGCCAGAGAGCUCUGCCACGCGUGAGGCUCCUGCUGUCUCCAAGAGCCUGGCAGAAGAGCAGAGCUCGGCUCUUUUGUCUACGCGCUACUCGGUGAAUGCUCAAACUGGGUCAGCUCAGGUUUCAGCUUCUCUCCCUAGAAGUUACCAGAAAACUGAUACCUCCAGGUUAACAUCUGUGGUUACACCAAGACCUUUUGGUGUCCACUCCAGAGGAAUCUCCUCACUUCCACGGUCGCUCACGAUGGAUGAUGCUCAGAAAUACAAUGGAGAAGUAGAAAAAGCUAAAAGAACUCAAACUCUAACCAGCAGCAUGUUUUCACUACCAGACUCUACAUACUCUCUCUCCACCAGUGUACUCAGAAGGAGAGGUGAGGAGGAGGAAGAGGAAAAAGAAGGUGUUAAGUCAGCACCUACUCCUAGUUUGACAUUACCUGUAAAAUCCCAAGACCAAGAUGCUGGAGAUAGUAUUCUUAAACCAGAAUAUUGUUCUCCUCCUGAUUCUGUUUCACUUGCAUCUUCUGCAGAAAAUGCGAGUCUGUCAGAGCAUGACGAUUCAAAAUCCUUGGAACAGUACAGUGAAUUGAGAAUCAGUAUGAACCAGAGACCUGGCUACAGUCACAACUUUGGGUUUACAACAAAUUGGACUUCUUCAGGGGCCUUAGUACAGACAGUUGAAGAAGAUAGCCCUGCAGCACUUUGUCAGCUGCAGGUAGAUGAUGAGAUCAUUGCUAUCAAUGGCACAAAGGUUUCACAAAUGGACAGUAGUCAGUGGGAAGAAGCCAUCACCAGAGCACUAGAAACUGGAAACCUGGUCAUGGAUGUUAGACGAUAUGGAAAGAAUGACUGGGGCAAAGACCAGCCUUCCCUGCCACAUGUAAGGCAUAAAAUCCUCAAUCUCACCAGUAUGGGUACCAACAUUAUAGGUACAUCUGAUAAUAAAUGGAUUGAUGCAACUUCUGGAGAGCGCGUUUCAAGUGUUUCAACCACAUCAACAAAAAGAGAAUUCUCCAGCAGUCUUCAAAGUUCUGGUACAGAAACAAAAUUGAUAAAUGGCAUGCAAGGACAACUUGGAUCUAAUGAACAAAGAGCAUCUGAACCUAUUUCUUUGAAAAACUUAAAAAGGCGGUCACAAUUUUUUGAACAAGGAGGCCCUGAGCCUGCAAUGCCUGAUCUCCCAGUCCCAUCCAUUAGUGCUCCAAGUCGUCGUGUUUGGGAUCAAGAGGAAGAGCGAAAACGACAGGAGAAAUGGCAAAAGGAGCAGGAUCGUUUAUUGCAGGAGAAAUACAAACGGGAACAAGAAAAACUGAGGGAAGAAUGGCUACGAGCUAAGCAAGAAGCAGAAAAAGAAAACUCCAAGUAUUUAGAUGAGGAACAAACUGUUAUCAUCUCAAACACAAUCUCAGUCUCUGCACGAGCUCCAUCUGCCUCCAGCUGGAGGGCAAGCCCUGAAGCGAGUACUCCUGAGGAGCCAGAAGGAGAUGGAGGAAGUGAGCUGGCGGCACACCUGCUGGCCAAGGAAGAAGAAAGACGGCUUCAGGAGGAAGAAGAAGCAGCCCUGCGUUUUGAGAGAGAAAGGGAACUCCAACAACUAGAGCUCGAGAGACAACGUAAAGAGAGGGAACAGCAGUAUGCUGAGGAGCAGAGGCGGCGGGCAGAGAUGGAGGAGGAGAGGCGGCGGGCAGAGAUGGAGGAGGAGAGGCGGCGGGCAGAGAUGGAGGAGCAGAGGCAGCGGGCAGAAAGGCAGAGGGAAAUGUCAGCCGAGAUACCUCUGUACCAAAGGCAUUAUGAGCGCUAUGAAGUAUCUAAAACAAUAGAGAACAGACCUGGCCAACCUCUCACUGACAGGCAUUAUGAACGCUAUGAAUCUUCCAAAACCAUCGAAGAGCAACCUGGUCAGUCAUUUUCUGACAGGAAUAAAUCCAAGUCAACUUCAGAACUGAAUGAAUUCAAUGCAAACAGAAAUAGUACUCAAAGCAAGCAUUCGGAGAGGUCUUGGAACACGAGUGACUCACAGAAGGGGUCUCAGAAGGAGCAAAACCUAUCUGCAGCAGAGUUAGAGAGACAACAAAUCCUUCAGGAAAUGAGGAAGAAAACAUCUCUACACACAGACAGCAGCUGGAUUAGGCAGCGCAGUUCCAGUGUGCAUAAGGAGCCAAUUAGUCUGUACAGCGGUAGUAUGAGGAGAGGGGAGUCUUUGGACAAUCUCGAUUCUUCAAGAACAAGCUCGUGGAGGCACCACUCACGGCUGAACCAGUCUGUCUCCACUUCAUCUCUGUCCUCUAAUCAGGAUCACAGCCGCCCAGUGUCCACUUCGAACCGGGCCUACAUGUGCACUCCUUCCUCUGCCAAAGCACCUCCUGUGGCCACCUCUGUGAGAGCCCCACCUGUGUCCCAGGCAGCCCCCCGGGUGCAGUCUCCUGUCUCUGCUUCCCAGCCAGGGUCGCAGAUGCGCAGCAGGUCAGUCAGUGGGAAGAAAAUCUGUUCAUACUGUAAUAACGUUCUGGGCAAAGGAGCAGCCAUGAUCAUUGAGUCUCUUGGUCUUUGUUAUCAUUUACAUUGCUUUAAGUGCGUUGCCUGUGAAUGCGACCUUGGGGGAUCCCGCUCUGGAGCUGAAGUCAGGAUCCGAAACAACAAACUCUUCUGCAACGACUGCUAUCUCAGAUUUAAAACUGGACAACCAACCUCCAUGUGAAGCAAACCUAGAUAUGAAACCACUGUUGCAGAUAGAAGAAGAGGUGAUUGCUGCUGAUGUAGAUCUAUAAAUAUAUAUAUUGUGUGUGUUUUUUCUAAAAGUAACUCUUUUGCUUGUCUAGUCUUCGUAGCAAUGCAUUAUAGUCUUCAUAUAACUGUAUUUUUAUUUAUGAUAAAUAAUUGCAGUAAGGAAGUAUCUGGGGAAAAUGCUUUCACUUUUUCAGCUUCGAGUACUGAAAGCACAAGGGAGAAUAAGUAUAUUUUCAGUAAUAACUUCAAAAUAUUUUUGAGGCUUAUAAUCAACUAGUUGACUUUCCAAUGGUAUAUGAAGAGGGUAUUUUGUUUCUAAGCUCUCAAAACGAGCAUUAGAGAAAUAGUUAAUAUAAAUAUAUAUUUGCAAUUGCUGUCUUUAUUUUUGACAUAUACUGAAAGUGAAUUCUCUAGGUUAAUAUGAAGCUGCGUUUAAAUGCACACAAAUGUGUUUGCUUUCUGUACGCUGGUUUCUAAAAUUGUGCUUUUUUGAAACUUAAAUACAAAGAAUUACCUGUUUGCUCAGUGGUGAAGGCGUAAUAUUCCAUGGAAUCCAUUUGAGGGGAAGAAUUCUCUUUUCCCACUUGAAAAAUGUAACUAUCACUGUUUUCCUCCACAAACUAGGUGGAGAAUGGUUGUUGAAUUACAGUAUAUUUGUAAAUAAAAUUUCUGAUGUUGCAUUUA